UUUGCAAAUUUCCCUGCUCAAACACACCUUAUUCAGUACUCCAGCUAAUUACCAGGUUUAGUAGGUGUGUUUCUGCAGGGAAAUCUGCAGAACCAGGGAAGCCUGACCUACUGCAUGUGUGAUUUGCAGGGUUUCUGUCAGAAUAGAUACAGUGGUCUUAGUAAACACCAUAUCUGUUGCUGCUGAUGGGUGCUGUGCAGGUUUUUUCUACAAUGUGUAACCCUAACCCUAACCCUAAAUGUAAUCAGGAAGGGGGGCCUGAUAAUGGAGGUACUGACCCUGUGAGCCAGACUGACCCAGCAGGCCUGCAGACACUGGCUGCCCCAAACCGACCGAUGCCAUCCCAGUCGAACCCUCCAUAUUGCUCUGGCUUUUAUACGUUUAGCAUUCUUCGGGGGGCUUCGUCAACCUGAGAUUUUUCCACAUUGAGGUCGUCGUCGACUUAUGACCAGUGCGGCUUACGACUGAUCGACUUUUACGACCGUUCAGAGACCAGAAAUAUGUUGCCGUCUGGCAGUGAGUGUAGCCCAGCGUGAGUGUAUGACAGCUUCUGCCCCAACUGCUGGCAGCAAUGAACUAAGAAAAUGGUGAUUAAAAAGAUUAAAAACAUCAAGCAAUAUGACUUAAAGAUGUUAGAAUGUUAUUAUACUGUAUACUAUACACAUGAUAAGUUUUGCAUAUAAAAUGAAGGGCCGACUUACGAACGGUCUCUCAGUUGUAAGUCGACGACAACUUGUAAUCUACCGUUUAGUUCUGUCUUAGUUUUUGUAGGUUGUCUGUGAUCACCUGGCUUUAAUUUCCACUCAUAUUUUUAUGGCUUUAAUUUCCACUCAUAUUUUUAUCGCCAUGUAACAUUAACUGCUACUUCAAUCCACUGCACACUUCUGGUGUCCUUUGGCCCAUGUCUGAUGAGGAAGGCACUACAUAAAAAAUUUCUUGGUUAUGUGUGUCGUGUUUGUUGUACUUUGUGUAUCCUGGCCGACAUUAAUGUCCCGGUGCAAAGGAACCUCUCUUUCCUGUUCUGCUCAGCGUGAAAUCUAACCUUGCCCUCUUCACCUUGCCCCAGCCUUAAAUCCAUCAUCAGCUUGUUCGGUGAUGUCCUCAUGAAUGGCGGUGGAUUGACUUAGGUGCCCUUAAAGACUCCGGUAUCAUUCCGGAGCUCAGUACCCCGAUGAGUUGAAGUUGCCUGUUCUGGACGUCCUGAGGCUCUUCAGACUAUUAGCCGUUUGCAGGCUGUACUGGAUACCACCAACUGGUGGACUGGGAGGUUAAUGAACAUUCGCAUGGUGCAGUGAUCCCUGUGUUUGCUGUAGAUAAAUGCAGGAAUGAGUAUCAUUAUGCAGACCUACUACCUCUCUGUGUGUCUAUACCUCACGGUGCUGUCUGUCUGUAAAAUAUCAGACAUCUAUCUAUCUAUAGCUAUGUAUGUAUUUUUCUAUUUAUACAUGUAUGUAUGUAUGUAUGUAUCUAUCUAUCUAUAUAUUUAUCUAUAUCUAUAUCUAUCUAUCUAUCUAUCUAUCUAUCCAUCCAAUCAUGGCAGUGUUUCUAAGUGUGUCUGACUCUGCUCACGUCGACUAUGAUCAUACUGCCAUCCCAUUGCUCAUCCUUCUUCGCCUGGGUGUGGUUCUGAUCUGAGCCCGUUGGUUACGUCCGUGUGUGCCGGUGUCGGAGGGAGCGGUCACACCGGCUAUCAGUGUAGUCCCAGUCUGUGCUGAUGCAGACUGUGCAGCUGGCUUCUGAAACAGUAGCUGUGUGGAAGCAAGAGAACCUGGACUUCCUCCUCAUCCCAGACAAUAAAUUCUAUUGUCAUUCGCGGGAGAACGACACGGUUUCCUGGGGUACCAUGGAGCACUCCCUGGCCCUUCACCUGGCCAUUGUAAGCCUUGUUCUUCUGAAUGAGUGUGGAGGAACCACCCCUUUCCCCAUUAACAUGUCUUCUGAGGGGAGCGGGGAGACGGGCUCAGAGGGGCUGACCACCACCGUGUAUUCUGCUCCGAGCCCCGUAUACGUGUCCCCGACUGAUGAACUCUCCAGUGGAACACGUAUGGAGCAGUCUGUCCUGAGCCAGGUGGCUGGGUUCCUGCAGGACCACCUCCUCCUCAUCGUCACAUCAGCCUCCCUUCUGGUGACGGUCGUCUUCCUCCUCUGCUGUGCUGCCGUUGUGAGCCGAAAGCGCAAAACCAGCUCCUAUUACCCGUCCUCCUUCCCUGCUCAGAAGUACGUUGACGAAAGGGACAGUAUCGGAGGUUCCAGGACCUUCAGCGAGGUGCCAGACCGGCAGCCCGAUUCCCAGGGUGCAGAACCUGUGGACUCUGCCAGGCAACUCCAAGUGGACAUUAUGAAGGCUGCUAAGAAUCUGCGAAGCCCUAGCAGGAGUCCAGUGUCUGAGGUCAUGGGAAAGGUCACUGAGGCAUUGCUUCCAGAGUUCAAAGGACUACCAGAGGAGUCAGCAACAGAGAUGGUAGAAAAGGAGGCUCACAUUAUGGCCCCUGUGGAUGGAACAAGUGAUCUUCAGAAUGAGGAGUCCUGUCAGCGUGAAGCCCAGGAGUGUAUGUUUGACGUCAAGAAGGAUGAGGUCCUCAAAGAAGACACCUUCGGGCAGGAAGCUGAGCAGGAUGAAGCUCCAUGUGCCCCCCAGCUGCCAGGUGUCCACCAGGAAGUAAGUUCAGGAGAUGUGAAGGAAGCUGUGCUUCCAGAAUCACAAAUGGUCAUGGAGGAAACAGCUGUGAUUUAGUACCACAAAGGGCCUUAAAACUGUUCCGCUGAUGGUCAACAAGGGAGCCUUCUAAACUGAGGCCGAAAUGCUGGUGUUCAUCUUAGGCCCGAUCAGUCUUUUAUCUGCCAGUGAUUAUUUCUGAGAACUCUUAUCAGAACAUGUUUAUAUCUCACACCACUGACAGAUUUAGGGAUAUUUUUCAUUCUAUCUUUAAUCAUUCUUUCAGCGUUUAACCAACAGCCUAAAAUCAUGAACUGCAGGCACCAGCUGGGGAUCGAGUGAAAAACAGACUCAUUGGAAACCUUAAUGAUGAACAUAUGUCUUUUGUAAACUCAGUGUUGGGCACUGCUGUUGUACAUUUAAUCAUGUCCUACAGAUGGAGAGAGGUGGUCAGCAAAGUCCUCCACACGCCUGCUUCAGCUAAAAUAUCCACCUGUGUACAUGGGAAUGGCAUAAAACUGUUUAAUCCACUUUAGAUAGAAGUAAAUGCUAAGCAGCUUAUUACAUAAUAAUAAUAAUAAUAAUAAUAAUAAUGGCUUAAACUGAUGAGUGAUGAAAUAAGGUGAUGUCUGUGCACAUUUCAGUUUUUAUAGUUAAAUGCAUUUUAAGACACCUUCAUAAACAAUUCAGAAUUCUGCAUUUCCAAAAUUAAAAUAAUAUUUCUCAUAGGGACGGUCCUAUUUUGGCCACUGAUCUCUGUAGACCUUUUCCUACUCGUUGUAUAUUAAUAUAAAUAUGACUACGACUCUACAUUUGAGUGGCGUUACCCUGAGCCCGUGCAUCAGUCUUCCAAAAGCUUAUCUGGUACGGUGUUGCAGGUCUGGAUCAGUCACUUUUUUUGCUUAUGUAAAAUAAAUUGCUAGUUAAAUUCG